CUGAUUUUCCUUCUUGGUGAUCCCCAGUGAUCCUGUAGGCGUGCCUCUGGAGGACCGUCUGCGUCCAGAGUCGGUUUGAGCGGCGCUGUGGUGCUCCAGAGAUCCUCCGCUCAUAAGGAUGCUGGUGGGAAAUGCCUGGAGACACAGAUGACGAGAUUUGUCAAAAGGCACUGGAACUCCUGUCGGAUCUUUGUUCCAAAGGAGAAGUGCAAAACGAAAACUGUCUGGAUUUCAUCUACUAUUUCCGAGACCUCGCCAGGCCACGGUACUCCGAUUCAGAUGUGUCCGUGAGUUUGCUGUCUCUGGUUGUGACCGCCUGUGGCCUGGCUCUGUUUGGCGUCUCCCUCUUUGUAUCCUGGAAGCUCUGCUGGAUACCAUGGAGGGACCGUGGGCUUUCCCCCACCACCAAGGAUGCCCAAUGUCAUGUCAGCCCUACCAUGAGCCCUUUACCCUCGCAGCCCCCACCCAAGCAGCCAGUUUAUACAGCUGUGGACCCCCCAGUGCACAAUCGCCGUGAAUCAUCACACUGCACAAUGGCCAGAGAGCCCACUCCUGUGGCAUCUGUGGUAUCUGUGGAAGCUCCAGUGACUCCCAUGUCACCACCACCCAUCAUGGCCACACCAGAGGCAGCUAUGAAGAUCAGCCAUACAUCUCCAGAUAUUCCGCUGGAUGCCCAGAGUAAAAAUCGGGAGAAUGGUGUUCACACUAAUCCUCGGAUGCAAAGGCAGACCACUGAACCAUCUCCUUCUGUUCGAUCAAUGUCUGAAAUUGGACAGGGGUCCAUUCACAGACAUAUGAACCUGUCUAACCCAGACUUCAAUGUGGCUCAGUUCCAAAGGCAAGAUUCACUCACAGGAAUGGGACUUGGUCUUGGCCGCCUCAAACCAGAGCUCUACAAACAGCGCUCCCUUGAAGGGGAGGAAGGUGGUCGCAGAGGCGAGGGUUGUGGAUGCCUCCACUUCAUCCUUAAAUUUGACUGUGACCUGGAACAAUUAAUAGUUAAGAUCCACAAAGCAGAAAACCUUCCAGCCAAGGACUUUUCUGGAACCUCAGACCCCUAUGUUAAAAUCUACCUGCUGCCUGACCGUAAAACCAAGCAUCAGACCAAGGUGCACCGCAAAACACUCAACCCUGUGUUCGAUGAGGUAUUUCUGUUUCCCGUGGCAUAUUCUGAGCUUCCAACACGUAAGCUGCAUUUUAGUGUCUAUGACUUUGACCGAUUUUCACGUCAUGACAUCAUUGGCCAAGUAGUGGUCGACAACUUCCUGGAUCUGGCAGACUUCCCCAGAGAGACAAAGCUGUGCCGAGACAUCCAGUACGUUUCUUUGGAUAAUGUGGACCUCGGAGACCUGAUGUUUUCUCUCUGUUACCUGCCUACUGCAGGCAGAUUGACCAUUACCAUGAUAAAGGCCCGCAAUCUAAAGGCCAUGGAUAUCACUGGCGCAUCUGAUCCAUAUGUGAAGGUUUCGCUCAUGUGUGAUGGUCGCAGACUAAAGAAGAGGAAGACAUCGACUAAGAGGAACACGCUGAAUCCAGUCUAUAAUGAAGCUAUUGUCUUUGAUGUCCCUCCAGAAAACAUAGAGCAGAUCAGCCUUUUGAUUGCAGUGAUGGAUUAUGACCGCGUGGGUCACAAUGAGGUUAUUGGUGUGUGUCGGGUUGGAAAUGAUGCCGACUGCCUUGGACGAGACCACUGGAAUGAAAUGCUAACAUAUCCCCGAAAACCUGUCGCCCACUGGCAUCCUCUUGCCGAGUACCAGAGCACAACAGGUAGCCAAGGAGGCUCCUGUAAUUCUCUGAAGGCACCUCCUUCUCCGUAGCUAUGAUCAUCUCAUCCCACAGGAUCAUCAGUCUCAGCUGUAUGUGUUGACAGCAUUGCAGAUAUGCAGUCCUCACAGAUGAAUACAGACAAGCUACUAUGGAAAGGAGGGACAUGCACUAUAUUGAACUGUGCUGCCUUGCAUCAGUUGCAUGUUGAGAAAUGGUGAAAAUGAGUGCUUGCUUUUCUAAAAUGUCCAUAAGUGAAACAACAGGUAUAUGCAGACAUUUUAAGUCUGUCCUAUUCCUGGAUUUAUUACUGUUUUUACAUGCUGUAGUCGUGUUACUUGUUUUCAAGAGGUGAGUCUGUAUUUAAACAAUGUUCUUACAACCAGAUGAACUGCCAUACUUUUUUUUAAUUGGUGGUGAAUUGGUGCAUGAGGUCUUGGUUCAGUGAGAUAUUCUCUUUGUCUUUGUUUCUGUUAUUAUGGGCAAAAAGUGUUGUUCUGUCAGCUGAUGAUGAUGUGCAGUGAUAGUUUAGUUAUGUACAAGGUAUCUGUGUGUAAACAUAUGUUAAAUGUUAACAAUAAAUAUGUAAU